CAUCAAACCUUUAACGGAGCUUAGAAAAGUUACAGAUAAUGCUGUUCUUAGCUUUAUGUAAUGUCAAUAUUGUCUACUGUCAGCUCUGACAAAAUUAACUUUAUGUAGAGUCAAAAUUUUCUAACAUUUUGUUUCAACUAACUCGAACUAAAUCAUUAUUUAUUUUCAUUCAUCAGGCGGGUCUAACUAGCUCUGAAGCUACGCUACAAGUAUUUAAUUUAAAAAAAUAGUUUGCUUAGUCAUUAAACAUGUCUAAUGUUUUAUAUCCAAAGGAAAGUGUGUACAACCCUUUGACAAAAGCCGAGGUCGAACCUCCGAAACCACCCAGGUAUAUAUCCAAGUUUCGACCCAAUGUUAUCCUUGAGAAAAAGCAGAAACAGGAUGCGAGGAGGACGAUGGGACCAGCGAAGGUAGACGUGCCGGUGCCGGACCAAUACCUUAAAAAGCAUUCAACAGAAACCAAACUGCAGGAAAAAUCUGAGAAUGCAAAAGAAGUUCGCGGCUCUUGCACAGCCAAGAAGCCACCGGUGCCUACCAGGGCAGAAAUCCCAACCAUGGGCAUUCAAACCAAGAGAGACUUUGUUAGGACGGUGACAACAGCAGCUCCAACCAAGCCUCAGCCGACAAGUGUGGACACCAGAAAGGGACACAAGCAGCUGCUGGAAAAUUCAGGACUGGUUCCCAAGUACAUCAGGAAAAAGGAUUAUGGGGAAGUCCCUGAAUACCUUCUCCAGCGAAACGAGGAAAAGCAGCGAGCUCAGGAGGAGUAUGACAUGUUUGUGAAGGAGCAGCAGGAGCAGGGAGCCAUGACGCACCUGUCGGACGCAGAGCGACAGGCUGUGUUGGAGGGCCUGAAGAAGAACUGGGACGAGCUGCACCAACAGUACCAGAGCCUGUCGUUCGUCAUCGACACCCUGUCAAAAAAAGCCCACAAGGAACGCCUGGAGACGGCCAUGAAGACCCUGGAGGCCGACAUCGACCUCUUUGAGAGGUUCAAAACCAUCUACAUACCCAAACACUAGGAAACGAAUGGAACUUGAUCUGAUAAUUCUGAUCUAAUGAACUAAACAAAAAAAUCACAAACUAAAUAUUAAAACAUGAUUUCACAUCUUUAAUUCAACCUUCUAUGUCAAAAAAACCUCACAGAAUGUUGGGGAAAAGUGAAGAUUUCAUUCUGCCUCUCAAUAAAAAAAAACCACAGCUCAG